UGGCUACGUCACGACAUGAUAUCUGCAAGAAGGUAGAACCAGUAAUAAAAAAAAACUAUUUGAGAACAUCCAAAACUAUCGAAAAAGAUUCUAAAAAGCAAAUGGAAGAGCUUUCUAAAGGCUUGGAAAAUCUGAAAAUUGAAAUUCGCUCUAAGAACGAUUUGAUUGAACAGCAGAAUGCUACAAUAGAAGCGCAGCGUAUGGAAAUUGCACAGAUUUCCGAAGCCAUGUCGGAUAUAAAAACAGAAAUGGGGACUAAGAAUAUUGAGAUCGGAAGACAAACUGCCGAACUAGAAAUCCACCGAGGCGAAAUUCAAAAUAUUUCUAGGUUUCUGGCCGAUCUGAAAGCCGAAAUUGCUGUUAAGAACGACGUAAUUGUACAUCAGGAUGCUACAUUGGAAGCACAGCGAAUGGAAAUUCAACAGGUAUCAAAAAAAGUUUCGAAUUUAGAAUUCGAAAUCGAGACCAAGAAUGGUGAGAUUGCUAAACAAGAUAUGGAACUGAAAAUUCACCAUGACGAAAUUCAACGCCUUUCGAACUGCUUGGCCAAUUUAAAGACCGAAAUUGGUGUUAAUUCGGGCUCAGAAAAUUUGUCGAAGAACUUGGUCGAUGAAAAUGCAAAGGCUGAUAAGGAUGAUAGUUCUUCAUUAGAACUGUAUCUUAACUUAAUGUGCUUUGAUGAACCUAAGAUGGAUCAACUAGAGGAACGGCUUGCGAAGGUGAAAAUAUUUAUUGGAUUGAAAACGAACUUCUGUGAUUUCGGCAGCGAUUGUGACUUGAAGACAUUUAUCGUCGGAAUGAUUGAUCGUAUAAUGUCAAAAGAUCUGCAAAAGAAGUUUUCAUGGAGUGGUAAGCGUACUGGCAAGCAAGGAGUUUUUACCAAAUAUACCCGCAUAAAUGAUCUCGUUCACUUCUGUUGCAAAGCCAAUUUUGGUAAAUACAAGGUAGCAGAAGGAGAACAGAUACUUCAAAAACUAUUUCAGACCGCUUAAUUAUCAUCGAUUUGAGUGUUAUUU